UUCUUUUUUACGGCCUUGUCGAAAUCUUCCGACAGAACGGUGAGGAUGGCGGCAACAGCAGCGUCAAAGAGGCACAUAACGCAGGAAACAUUCAACGAAUGCGUGCGUGAAAACAUGGAGGAGUUUGACAUGUCCGAGGAAGAUGCAAUUGCUGACGCCGUCACCCAGUUUGAGUCCCAGGGGGUGGACCUGAGUACUGUUGUCAAAGGUCUCGACGUUGUGCACCCUGUCUUGACGGCGUUGCACGCGAUCGAGGCCGACGAGUCUGACGACGAGAUCAGCCUCCAAGGACAUUUGAAAACCCUGCAGGAACAAUUUAACGAUGCUCUGGUCAGCGACGGUGCCAAGGAACUGGCUGGACGGUCCAAUGGCCCGGUGAUCUUGGUGCAACGAUUGCCUGCAGUUCUCGAAGUUGACACGCGCAUCAUGUUAUUUACCACGAUUCAAUGCAUGGUUGCUGGAAAUCGAGUCAAUCAAUCUCUUGUCGGGGACGCCGGAAUUGCUACCACCUUCGAUCUCGGGGUGCUGUCGUCGCACGUCGAGACACAGACAGCUGCGUUAUUGUGCUUGAAAAGCACUUGCGCUCGACAUGAGGUAAACAAGAAGCGACUGGCAUCCCAUGGCAUCGUCGCGAGACUCCUUGUGCUCUUCCGCGAACGCUCCACGAUCUCGGAUGGAAGCACAGCGGCAUCAUCAACUAAGGACAUUGCAGACGUCAUUCGCGUCCUCACCGUGCAUGACGACGUGGAGUCUAUGUUUUCGCAAACGCACGACAUCAUCAAGCAAUUUGUGGAGCAUGCCAUUAUCGACGCGGUCAUGCCCUUCCUCCAGGACAAAUCAAGGGACCCUGACACGUUAUCGUCGUGGCUCGCCGUGGUUAAGCAACUCGCCAUCACAGAAGACACUUGCCGCAAACUUGUGACCGCGGGCAUCCUUGACCUCCUCCCGACCUUCCAACAACAUGCACAGCAUCGAGCGCUGCUAUCACGUUGCCUGGGCUUGCUGCGCAAUUUGGCGGCGGUCGAUGAGUACAAGACGGUCGUGACCACGUCGUGUCUGCCGUGGAUUUUGUCGAUUAUGCAGCAGCAUCCAAAGGAAGCGUACCUCCAGACUCUCGGGUGUGCCACGAUCGCCGCCAUUUGUUUGCGGUCGCCGCCAAAUUGCGAACGGGCCGCGGGGUUGCAAGCGCAUUGCGUCGUCGGCAUCGCCAUGCACAGCUUUCCGUCGAACGUUGCGCUCUUGCGCCAAGCGAGCUUGGCGAUUCGGAACAUGGUCGUGCGCAACGAAGCCCUGCGGCCGAUUAUUUUGGAAGACCCGCAUGUGGAGUCGCAACUGCGACUCGCGAUGCCCAUAAGAGGAUGCGGAGACGAAGCGUAUGCGGCCCUCAGAGACCUCGGCGCCGACGUGCCCCUAGCAAGCAUCGGCCAAGCCCAGUCGGCGAACUUCAAUCCUGUCAUGGAGUCCUCCAACCAGCUCGUGGGGCGUAUUCAAGAAAACGCGACUGCUCCUUUCGGCGAGUUCGAUUAGAGUUUCGAGAUGCAGAUUUGAGGACGAAAGCCAUACUAGCAUUGCUCAAGGCACAAGGCCGUAACGACACUGGAAAGAGCAAAAUAUGUCGUUGUUUGGGAGGGGAUGUCACCUACGCCAACGCAACCCAGCUCUGUUCGACGAUUUCUCGCACACGGCGGUUGUACUCUCGUCUAUUUUCCUGGAAUAGGCGCGCGGCUUCGGAAUUCGCGGGGGAGUUUGGAUUCGGGUCGCACAGCAGCGACUGGAUCGACGUCAGGAUGGCCGAGAUGUCGUAGAUAGGACUCCACUGGUUCUGCAGGAUGUCGAGACAGAUCUGCCCGUCGUUGUAAAUGUUGGGAUGGAACAUCUUGGUCACAAACUUGACGGACGGCGCUUUGUUUGGGUAGUCUUCGCUAAACUCGAGGAGGAGGUUGAACGUGCCGCCUUCCCACGGCGUGUCGUCUGGACCGAAGAUCACGGCCUGCCACACCAUGAUGUUGUUGUCUAAUGGAGCUCCGCUGACUCCAGACGGCGGAUCGUUCUGCAGUUUGCGGAAAUCGCGCAUUAAUCGACGACGGGCGGCCGUGGACAUGGUUUCGUCGAUGCCUCUGCGCCAGUCUCUCAAUGGCACCCGCUUUAUCCCACACGACCACAGAAGGAGGAGUGAUGUCAGC